AUGGAUCUUGACGUCCAGGCAGGCGAGGCCAAGGCGUUCACGAACCCCGAAAAGAUUGCCUUCGUAAAGAGCGACGUUCGUUUGAUCAACGAUUGGGGAAACGCCCGCGACGUUGCUCUACAGAGAUUUGGAAAGAUUGAUAUCGUCAUAUUACUACACCUGGUAUCGGAAGAGACGUAUGACUUUCUCUUCAGUGUCAACGUCAAGCCCAUACACAUUUCGGCUAAAGCAAUCAUUCCCGUCUUCCUAAAGCAGGGAAGCGGUGUCGUCAUCAAUAUAUCCAGCACUGGCGGUCUCCGCCCAAGACCCAGCUACGCUAUCUACAACGCAACUAAAGGCGCCGUAAAUUUACUCACCAAAACAAUGGCCCUAGAAUACGCACCCACUGUCCGGGUAUGUGCCAUCGCUCCAGCUCUAGCGACCACCUCCAUGCUACAGGCGACGCUCGGUGUGAAGGAAGACACGCCGGAGAACCGUGCGCCCUUCUUACAAACUAUCCCCAUGGACCGCCUUUGUGAUCCGGAAGAUAUCGCCAAUAUGGCAACAUUCCUGGCUUCGGAUGAAGCUUCAUUCAUUACCGGAACGAUCUACGAGGUUGAUGGCGGUCGGUGUAUUUAUGAUCCUGCGGACGACUACAAGUAA